AGAGGUACGCAGCACUGAACGUUUAGGAGGCUAGCAUGGACGUUCGUCUGAUCCAUACAUGGACUGUGCACUCCUUGCAACAUCACCGGGUCUAAUGUUUCCUUCCUAAGCGACACCAGGGAAAGAAUGCGGCUGCUUACUUACACAACUUUGUUCUGGUUUAUCCUCAAAUCAGGGCUGGCACUGCAGAUCCAGUGUUAUCAGUGUGAAGAGGUCACUCACAAUGAAUGCUCUACACCCGAGUUCAUCGUCAACUGCACUGUCAACGUGCAGGACAUGUGCCAGAAGGAGGUACUAGUGAAGGAAGACGGAAAACACUACCGCAAGUCCUGCGCCUCGUCUGGUGCCUGCCUCAUCGCCUCCUCUGGCUACCAGCAGUUCUGCACGGGGAAACUCAACUCGGUGUGCAUCAGCUGCUGCAACACACCCCUCUGUAAUGGACCCCGUCAGAAGAAACAGAGUUCCAGAAACAGAGUUCCCUCUGCCACCUCGUCCCUAAUCCCACUACACAGCCUCUCCCUCCUUUUUAUUCCCUUCCUACUGCACCCAUCCUCCAUAUUCUGCUGACAGACCCUAUGAUUGGCUGGUUUGGUCUCAUCAAGACUGUGGUCCAGCUUUUGGACUCAGCCUGUGUUUCCGUGAAAGGUUCUCCAGCCUGUACGGUGUCCAUAUCUUUAAUGGAUGUGUGACACUGUCCUAGUAUGGACACCGCAUUUAGAAGAUGUCCUACUAUGGACAGCGACUAAAGGUCAAAAGAUAUUGAUUCAAAUAAGGUACUGAAGGAUCCUGACAAAUAUGUUUAUAGUGUGAGUCAGGUGCACCACAUGUUUGACAGACAAUAGGCAGGCUAACCAUUGACCCAGGUAUAUUUGACAAAAGCAAGCAAUGUGUAAUGGAAACGGAAGAUAUAGAUCGACAACAUUUUUAUCCAUUUGACAGGUUUUAUCCAUUUUACUUUUGCUGAACAUUCUUUAUUGCGACAAUGAUGAUGGAAACAGUGUUUUUCUAAUAAAUGAUGAUUGCCGAAUAAUUUUGAAGGUACGUACGCUGGGCAUAUGAUGUCAUCACAUAACUGUUAAGGUCCACUCCACGUUUAAUUCUAAAUGUCUACUGCUUGCUAAAUCAAUUUUUUCGACUAUAAAAUGAAUGUUUCUUUGCAGGACGAGGAUUGUCCUGACUUUCAAGAAGGCCUGAAUUGCUUUGCCUUGCUUUUCUGGUUGGCUGGCAAGUUUUACCAUCCAAUUAUUUCAGAUCUACAGGAGUGCAGGUUUCACCAUGGCACGGACCGUGGCAAUACAUUGGCACACAAUAAUUAUAAUAAUAUGGCAAAUAUUAGUAAAUUAUUGCAUUCUAUCAAUGCUGCUGGCUUUCGCAAGGCUACCUGAGACAUGAAACAGACAGCAUACAGGCUGUCGCCAAAUGAUCACUGCACAAUUUGCAAUGGAAACACUUCAACCACUUCAUUUUAUUUGACACUAUAGGUUUUUAAUAAUAAAAAUGUUUUUUAGGUGUGACAUCAUUAUGUACAGCUGUUUUUAUCGACACAAGACAGUUAAAUGGAAACGCACCGUAACAGGCAAUUGUCACAUAUAAUUUAUUUUCUAUGCAAACUUUCCAAAUGUCAACAAAAAAAUCACUGGACAAGUUAAUGGAAACAUAGUUAUUGACUGGCCAACUGAGGGCAAUUGAAGAUA